GAGAGGAGCAAGUUAACAAAGACUGUUAAGAUUUCAGGAAUAUUUGGAGAAAUGCCUGGCUAGGGUUUGGUCUACGAGGAAUUGAACAACGAUCUCGAUCCACCAACGAGUUAUCUGCAGUAAUUCGGUCGGAGACUCAGUUCCGUUCCCGAGUUUGGACGGCGGCGGCGGCGAAGGGAAAGAAUGGCCUCUACCCGGUAAACGUCUCCGUUCACUGUUUUUUUCACUCUCUGGGUAAAUCAUUUUGAGAAAGUAGUGAAAUGGUUAUUAGGAAGCAACUUUGCAGCAAUUGCUAUCUCUUGUUUCGUCCUCACACCAAAUGCUUAUCUUCAGCAACCGUAGAAUCAAGUUUCAAUGACAUAGAAACCCAAAUUAGAUCAUUAUGUGAUAAAUCCAGUCCCCGACUCGAAGAUGCUUUGCUCCUCUUUAAUCAAGCAGUUGAAAUCCACGGCCUGCCUUCUGAAUCAACAUGCGAUUUUCUUUUACAAACAUUUUCACAGUCGAGGAAGUAUAACAUGGUUAUCAAUGUCUACAAUAAGAUGAAGGGUAUUCAAGUUUUUCGCAGUAUCAUAUCAUUGCAAGUUCUUAUCAAGUUUUUCCUUCAUUCAAAUAAGCCCGAUUUUUCUUUUGGAGUGUUGGGCACGAUGGUGAAGUGUGGUUUUCAAGUUAACACAUAUUGUAUAAAUGUUGUUUUAAAUGGACUUUGUCGAAAUGGUGAUACUUCAAGAGCUGUAAAGGUUUUCAAUGAAUGGUGCAGAGGGUCUGUAUUGCCUGAUGUGAUUACUUUCAGCACUCUUAUGAACGGGCUUUGUAAAGAGGGUCGAAUGGGAGAAGCAAUGUAUUUGUUUGAUGACAUGAAGUUGAAGGGCAUGAAUCCGAAUGUUUCUACUUAUAACACUCUUAUGAACGGGCUUUGUAAAGAGGGUCGAAUGGGAGAAGCAAUGGAUUUGUUUGAUGACAUGAAGCUGAAGGGCUUCAAUCCGGAUGUUGUUACCUACAGCACUCUUAUGAACGGGCUUUGUGAAAAGGGUCAAAUGGGAGAAGCAAUAGAUUUGUUUGAUGACAUGAAGCUUAAGAGCCUCAAUCCGGAUGUUAUUACUUACAACACUCUUAUGAAUGGGCUUUGUAAAGAGGGUCAAAUGGGAGAAGUAAUGGAUUUGUUGGAUGACAUGAAGCUGAAGGGCCUCAAUCCGGAUGUUUCUACUUACAACACUCUUAUGAAUGGGCUUUGUAAAGAGGGUCAAAUGGGAAAAGCAAUGGAUUUGUUUGAUGACAUGAAGCUGAAGGGCUUCAAUUCGGAUGUCAUUACUUACAACACUCUUAUGAACGGGCUUUGUAAAGAGGGUCGAAUGGGAGAAGCAAUGGAUUUGUUUGAUGACAUGAAGCUGAAGAACAUCAAUCCGAAUGUUUCUACUUACAACACUCUUAUGAAUGGGCUUUGUAAAGAGGGUCAAAUGGGAGAAGUAAUGGAUUUGUUGGAUGACAUGAAGCUGAAGGGCCUCAAUCCGGAUGUUUCUACUUACAACACUCUUAUGAAUGGGCUUUGUAAAGAGGGUCAAAUGGGAAAAGCAAUGGAUUUGUUUGAUGACAUGAAGCUGAAGGGCUUCAAUUCGGAUGUCAUUACUUACAACACUCUUAUGAACGGGCUUUGUAAAGAGGGUCGAAUGGGAGAAGCAAUGGAUUUAUUUGAUGACAUGAAGUUGAAGGGCCUCAAUCCGAAUGUUCUUACUUACAACACUCUUAUGAACGGGCUUUUUAAAGAAGGUCGAAUGGGAGAAGCAAUGGAUUUGUUUGAUGACAUGAAGCUGAAGGGCCUCAAUCCAGAUGUUGUUAACUACAACACUCUUAUGAACGGGCUUUGUGAAAAGGGUCGAAUGGGAGAAGCAAUAGAUUUGUUUGAUGACAUGAAGCUUAAGAGCCUCAAUCCGAAUGUUAUUACUUACAGUGCACUUGUAAAUGGAUUUUGCAAAGCUGGGAAUUUCGACGAGGGAAAGAAACUUUACGACAUGAUGUUGGAAAAAGGAGUUGAACCGAACGCAUUCAUUUAUUCAAGUUUAUUACAGUUUCUUUGCAAAAUGAGGCGAUGGGAGGAAGCUAGCGAGUUAUUCAAUGUGAUGUCACACCGAGGAAUAAAACAGAAUCGGGUAAUCUAUAACGUUUUAAUCGAUGGGCUGUGUAAAGAUGGAAGGCCUAUGGAUGCCAUGCGGUUAGUAGACUUAAUGGAGGAGAAUGGUGAAGAGUCAGACAAAAUAACAUAUACUUCACUAAUCAAUGAAUUUUGUAAAUCUGGUAUGGUUACCGAAGCUUUAAGAGUCUUUGAAAGAAUGACUAAAGGGAAUAAUAAUAAAAUCGACAUUGUUUCUUACAAUUCAUUAGCUUGGGGGCUUUGCAAGAAUGGGAAGGUUGAUGAGGCGGUGAGGUUAGUAUCUUUGAUGUUGAAAGACAAGAAUCGUGUAGAACCAAAUCAUCAAUUGUUAACAGCUUUAAUUUACGGGCUAUGUAAAGAAGGUCAUCUAAAGAAAGCGAUGGAGAUUCAUCGUGAAAUGAACAUGAGAGAAAUAUUUCCUUUUAAUAUACUAAUACAUGCUCAUUUGAAGAAAGGAGAUGUCGGUGAAGGAAUGAAGUUAUUGAAGAACGGGCUUGAAAUGGGAUUAGUUCUGGAUUCAUACACUUAUUCAGCUUUGAUAAAUGGAUUCUGCCGAUUGAGAAUGAUGAACGUUGCGAAAGGUCUUUUGAUUCACAUGACUGUUCGUGGAAUUCUGCUUACACCUCAUCAUUACAACACUUUACUAGAAAGUCUCUGCAAAGAAGGUAGUUUGGAGGAGGCAAAGGGUUUCUUUUUAGCGAUGAGCAAAACAGACAGUAAGCCGAAUGUUGCAUCUUUUAAUAUAAUAAUUCAUGGAACUCUAAGAGCAAAGGAUCUACAUUCGGCGAAACUAUUCUUCGAGGAAAUGCUUCAAAUGGGCGUGGAACCUGAUGUUGGGAUCUUUUCAACACUUGUAAAUGGAAUAAUGAAAUUAGAACAUUGGAAGGAGGGAAAAGACACGAUCGAGAGGAUGGUGACUUGCGGUUAUGGUCCUACUGCUGCUGUAUACGAUUCUUUGCUAAAGGGUUUUCUUGCGAUGGGUGAAAAGGAAGAAAUAAUUGGUUUGCUUAGACGGAUGGCAGCUGAUGGGUUUCGUCUUAACGAAGAAAUUACUGAUACAAUUCUCAAAUGUUUGUGUCUUUUUUCUGAACAUGAUAAUGUUGAAGAGAUCUUGCCUAGUUUUCAACAGGAGGUUUCUAAGGUGGUUUGAGAAGAAAAUGGAAGAAUUGUAUUGAAUUGAAAUAUUUGAGUUAAAAAUGAUAGUGAUCAUACUUGGGUGACUCUAUUACUUAA